AUGGACUACGUUACAAAUUUACCAAAAGAAGAUCCAUCAAUAUCAACUACUUCAAAAUAUGGAUUAAAAUUUUAUGAUCCCGUAAAAUACUACGAUUUCCAUAUCUAUUAUUACGCUCACAAUCCAAAAUCAUUUAAAGAAUCAGAUGAAUUAAGAGCUAAAUUGAUAAGAGAUUUCCCAGAAGAUUCAGCAAAUGGAUCAAUUUUAAUUAAAGUUUUACCAAAUGAUAAAGUAAUUGGACCUCAUGCAACUCAUUUUUGGGAAGCUGAUGUACAAAGACCAGAAGUAUUUAUAAAAGUCUUAAGUUGGUUUCAAAUUCAUCAUGGUAACUUAUCAGUACUUAUACACCCACAAACUGGUGAUGAUAUUAAGGAUCAUUUUCAUCAUGCUUUAUGGUUAGGUGAAAAAUUACCUUUAAUUGAUAUUUUCCCAACUAGUGAUGGUGCAAUACCUGAAUUUGGAGUAAAAGGUGGUAAAAGAAUUAAAGUUGAAGAUUAUGAUGAUUUCAAAACUGUAAUUGAAUAA